AUGUUGACGACCAACUGGGACCCGAAGACAAUCGAGAAUCAGGGGCCGUCGGCCUCUUGUCUCCUGAGGGUCAAGCAGGACAUCGCGGAGAUCAAGGCCGACCCACUGCCUGGAAUCUACGUCUCCCCCGAGAAGAACGACCUGACCAAGUUCCACGCCAUCGUGGUAGGGCCGUCGGGCACGCCCUACGAGGGCGGCUUCUUCCAGUUCUUCAUGAAGUGUUCCCGCCAACUACCCGAUGCAGCCACCCCUCAUACCACUCUAGACGUGUCAGCACCAUCCUCUUCAUCACCUUUCCUAGACAACUGCCCAGAGCAAUGGAACGAUAAGACGCCACGUCUGGAGGUGAUCUGCCUGAUUUGA